AUGGCCGCCGCUGAUUUAUAUGGAGAGGCUAUCCUUUAUUCUGAAGUUUUUAAAAGAAAUCCUAGAUUGUUAAAAGAUUUAUUCAGUGGAGCUAAAAUCAAAGAAAUUAAAACCUUUAUAGAAAAAAAUGACGAGAUACCCGGUUUCAAGUCUUGUGUAGAUGUUUACAAGAAUAGUAGGAAACGCGGAGGUGAUGCUGCCGGAGUUAACACUCCAGCAGCAAAAAAAUUUAAUCCCAGCAAGAGUUCAUCCGAUAGCUCUGAUGAGGAAGAGGCCAAGACUGCUGCAGUCAAGCCUAAAACAGCAUUGAAGAGAAAAACACAAUCAUCCUCUUCUGAUUCUUCUGAUUCGGAUUCUGCUAAGAAACAACAAGCUAAAUCUCCUAAGGUUGCACCAAAGAAGCAAGAUUCCGAUUCCGACUCAGAUUCCGACUCUGACGAUAAGAAAGCCCCUGCCAAGAAAGUAGUUCAACAAGCUGCCAAACCAGCACCCAAAAAGACUGCAGAUUCUGAUUCAGACUCCGAUUCUGACUCGGAUGACAAGAAGAAACCUGUCAAAGCAGUACCAGCAAAGCCUAAAGUAGCCGCUAAGAAGGAUUCUAGUUCUGAUACAGACUCUGACUCGGAAGAUGAAAAAGCACCUGCUGUUAAGCCAGUACAAAAAACAUCUGCUAAGCCUGUUGCUCAGAAGAAGGCUGCUAGCUCCAGCUCUGAUUCUGACUCAGAUUCUGAUGAUGACAAGAAGAAGAAGACUUCUGCUAAGCCAGUACAAAAAUCACCAAAGAAAGCUCCUGCUAAGCCAGUUCAGAAGUCGCCAGUAAAGCCAGUCGCACAGAAGAAGGCUGCUAGCUCCAGCUCUGAUUCUGACUCUGAUUCUGAUGAUGACAAGAAGAAGAAGACUCCUGCUAAGCCAGUUCAAAAAUCACCAGUUAAGCCAGUCACUCCAGCUCAAAAGAAGGCUGCCAGCUCCAGCUCUGAUUCUGACUCUGAUUCGGAUGACAAGAAGAAAGCUCCUGCUAAGCNAGCUCCAGCUCUGAUUCUGACUCUGAUUCGGAUGACAAGAAGAAAGCUCCUGCUAAGCCACUCCAGCUCUGAUUCUGACUCUGACUCGGAUGACAAGAAGAAGGCUCCUGCUAAGCCUGUACAAAAAUCACCAGUAAAGCCAGUUGCUCAAAAGAAGGCUGCUAGCUCCAGCUCUGAUUCUGACUCUGAUUCGGAUGACAAGAAGAAAGCUCCUGCUAAGCCAGUUCAGAAGUCGCCAGUAAAGCCAGUCGCACAGAAGAAGGCUGCUAGCUCCAGCUCUGAUUCUGACUCUGAUUCGGAUGACAAGAAGAAAGCUCCUGCUAAGCCAGUUCAGAAGUCGCCAGUAAAGCCAGUCGCACAGAAGAAGGCUGCUAGCUCCAGCUCUGAUUCUGACUCUGAUUCGGAUGACAAGAAGAAAGCUCCUGCUAAGCCAGUUCAGAAGUCGCCAGUAAAGCCAGUCGCACAGAAGAAGGCUGCUAGCUCCAGCUCUGAUUCUGACUCUGAUUCGGAUGACAAGAAGAAAGCUCCUGCUAAGCCAGUUCAGAAGUCGCCAGUAAAGCCAGUCGCACAGAAGAAGGCUGCUAGCUCAAGCUCCGAUUCUGACUCAGAUGAUGACAAAACCAAGAAGACUCCUGCUGCGAAGGCCCCAGUAAAGCCAGCCACUCCAGCUCAAAAAAAGGCUGCUAGCUCAAGCUCCGAUUCUGACUCAGAUGACGACAAGACCAAGAAGACUCCUGCUGCUAAGGCCCCAGUAAAACCAGCCACUCCAGCUCAAAAGAAGGCUGCUAGCUCCAGCUCUGAUUCGGACUCUGAUGAUGACAAGAAGAAGAAGACUUCUGCUAAGCCAGUACAAAAGACACCAGUAAAGCCAGUUGCUCAGAAAAAGGCUGAAAGCUCCAGCUCUGAUUCUGACUCUGAUGAUGACAAGGCCAAGAAGACCCCUGCUGCUAAAGCCCCAGUGAAGCCAGCCACUCCAGCUCAAAAGAAGGCUGCUAGCUCCAGCUCUGAUUCGGAUUCUGAUGAUGACAAGAAGAAGAAGACUCCUGCUAAGCCAGUACAAAAGACCCCAGUCAAGCCAGUCACUCCAGCUCAAAAGAAGGCUGCCAGCUCCAGCUCUGAUUCUGACUCAGAUGACGACAAGGCCAAGAAGACUCCUGCUGCUAAGGCCCCAGUUAAGCCAGUCACUCCAGCUCAAAAGAAGGCUGCUAGCUCCAGCUCUGACUCGGAUUCUGAUGAUGACAAGAAGAAGAAGACUCCUGCUAAGCCAGUACAAAAGACACCAGUCAAGCCAGCAGCUCAGAAGAAAGCUGAAAGCUCAAGCUCAGAUUCUGACUCUGAUGAUGACAAGGCCAAGAAGACUCCUGCUGCUAAGACCCCAGUAAAGCCAGCCACUCCAGCUCAAAAGAAGGCUGCUAGCUCCAGCUCCGAUUCAUCUGAUUCUGACAAUGACGAGAAAAAAAAAGCUCCAGUAGCCAAGACACCUGUAAAGGCUACUCCCAAGUCCGCUCAGAAAAAAGCUGAAAGCUCCAGCGAUUCUAGCUCAGACUCGGAAAACGAAAAAGCCAAGCCUCAAAGCAAAACACCUAAGGCUACUCCUGCUAAGAAGAGUGCCGCUUCCAGCUCAUCAGAUUCUGAUUCUGAUAAUGAGAAUUCUGCUAAGAAGCCCAGCGGUAAAACUCCAUCCAAAGAGAAUGAUACAUCCGCUUCUGAAUCAAGUAAAGAAAACAAGAAAGGCACUAUGUCAGCCGAGCGUAAUCGACGAAAUGAGCCCUUCAAAAGAGUAACGAUUUCGCUUAACGAUGUACCAGAGAAAUUCAGAAAUAACUCAUUCGAUGGAAAUCACGAUAAGUGGGGUGCUAAGGCUCAUGAAUCUUUGAGCAAAGUGCAAGGAAAGGGGUUCAGACACGAGAAAACCAAGAAGAAGAAGGGAAGUUACGGCGGCGGACCUAUCUCCAUGGAGGUUAAUUCAAUUAAGUUCUCUGAUAGCGAAUAA